AUGGUAUUUAAGCAGUCCGGCGUGGUAGUCCCUCUCCCUCCUGGCUUUGCGCCAAGACCACCACCUGCGUUGCCGCCGAGACCGAGAUCAACUGUCAAUGAUGAGUCGGGCCAGGAGGGAAAGGGAAAAGGCAAAGGAGAGGAGCCGCUUGGUGCAGCUAAUUGGGGUGCGUUGUGGAAUAUCAUGAAAGCGCCGCUAGAGAAAAAGGGCAUGCUAUCAAGGAAGGGAAGUGAGAAUGACAAUGACAAGGCGAAAGCUGGGGCGUUCGAACCUGUAGAUGUAACUGGGAUUUCGAAAUCUGCAGUUACAGAAAAUGAGAGCAAGACUGAGGGAUCUUCGCCGUCGGGAGAGGCUGUUCUCCCGCCUUCGCCACCGAAAUCCAUUCGGAGGGGUGUUGAGAGGGUGGAUAGUCAGGCGGCGACAACUCCGUCCUACCCACAGCCAGAGAAAUGGGAAGCGAUGUUUGAGGAAGACGCUACGCCGGCGCCGAUAUUUAUUGCGUUGAUGAGCACGAUAUUCUCCCGUUUGGAUCCAGAACAUACAGGAUUCUUAAGCCCAGAGACAUAUUCCAAAUUCCUGGAAGCUCAAGGCUGUGUGGAGUCAAAUAUCUGGAAAAUCGCCCUCGACCGCGAAGAAGGCGAGCACAGCAAGGAAGUUGCCGACCUCGAACUAAGCCUCUACUUCAGCGACCUCGUCAUCUCGCACUACCUCAGUGUCCGCAUCCACGAGACCGCCGAGCCCCCUACCGAAAGACCACAGUCCGCUGUCGAAGGCAAGAUCCGGAACUCGAUGCGCUUUAAUGCCAAUAUGCCGAUGAUUUCCAGACAAGGUUUCAUCGACGUGUGCUCGAUUGAGUAUUUGAAGGAUCCGGAUAGUGCGUAUGUCUGGUUGGGGAAGGCGGUCAAAGAAUAUGGUGUCUGGAGCGAGUUAGGAGAGAUGCCGAGGAGCGUAUUGCCGGAGAAGGCGAUUCCAAGGCUGUCGAGGAAAAAGAGUGAGAAUGAGACUCAGACUGAAACUGAGGCUGAGAAUGUGACGCCAGUCGCUGAAAUUUCAGAGCAGAAUGAGGAUGUGAGUGCAGAGUCGAAGAAGGAAGACACAGAAAACGAGAAAAAGACGUCCAGCACUAGUCCGCCGGAAACAUCACCAAAAGAGCUUAUUCAGGACGAUACCGAAACGGCGUCAAGUCCAGACAAAACCUCACCAAAUUCGAAAGCUUCACAUUCCCCGGAGCCAAUCAAGAUUUUAAGGCUAGCCUCACCAAUCACUCUCGGAUCUCCAGCCUUGCCAAUUCAGCUCAAAGGAGGAGAAAAGAAAAUAGACGCUCUGGCGAAAGGGGAAGAGUUUGAGCUGGUAGAAGGAGAGGAUGCUCAAGAGAAGGAAGAUAUAACGACAACGACCCAAGAGUCAGAGGAGGCUUUGGAUGAGAAGAAGGUAGAUGUGGUGGAAAAGUCGGAAGAGAAGUCAAAAAGUGGAGAGCUAAAGACGAAAAAGCCUUCUGUUGAGGACUUGUAUGGAGAAGAUUAG